GUUGCUUCUCAGGUGGUAAGUGACGUCACCAUUUUAUGUGUACAGUGGGUCAAUGGAGGUGUAAGUGAACAGAAAACUCUUCUUAUAUUUACGUAAACAACGUCAGUAAAUUGAACCGUUCCUGAACAGAUAGAGUAAAAAAUGGCGUAUCCAUAGAAGUCGAGGGAUCCCAUUGAUUGAAAAUAGAUUAAAGACAACUGUUUAUUUAUAAGACUAUUUAGUUUAAUUAUCCAAGUGAUACUAAUAAACAUUUAAAAUGGAUAACUGUGGUCCUAUAACGGCGUUUAUUGAAACAACAGACUCGACUUCGGCACCAAUCAGUACACAGCCCUCAACAUCGAAACAAACUAGUGCUAACUCACAUGUGACUUUAAAUGGCGCCACUAAUAUGAAUACAGACUUAAUAGAAAGUGAUUAUUCCGAUGCAGAAGAAGAUUUUGAUAUUGGUAGUCCUAAAAAAAUGCAUGUCGGUGUCCGUCGAUCAGAAGUUGGUCAUCUUCUCAGAUCAGAACAGGGUCGACCCCAUGACAGCGACACAGAAGAGGAGUUUCACGAUCCGUCGAUGGAAAUUUUAAGCUUGCCAAGUAAAUGUGCUGAACAAGCCGAAGAGUUUGUGCGUAAAGUUUGGGAAGCUGGAUGGCGUGUUGUUCAUCAUCAUUCGUUACCAAGCUGGCUCAAAGAUAAUGACUUUUUGCUCAGGGGUCAUAGACCUCCCACAUACUCGUUUGUUGCUUGUUUUAAAUCUAUAUUUUCAAUCCAUACAGAAACAGGCAAUAUAUGGACACAUCUUUUAGGUAUGAUAGCCUUUAUAGGUGUAGCAACCUAUUUCCUAACUAGACCAUCUUUAGAGAUACAAUGGCAGGAAAAAGCAGUGUUUUCAGCAUUUUUUGCUGGAGCUAUUUUAUGUAUGACCUUUUCUUGGAUUUUCCACACAGUAUUUUGUCAUUCAGAAAAAGUUGGCAAACUCUUUAAUAAAUUGGAUUAUUGUGGUAUAGCUUUAUUAACAAUGGGAUCAUUUGUACCAUGGUUAUAUUAUAGUUUUUAUUGUCGACUGGGACCUAAAGUUGUCUAUCUUGUUCUUAUAUUCGUACUGGGAACAGCAUGUAUUAUUGUUUCUAUGUGGGAUAAAUUCUCAGAACCAGAAUUCAGAGCUGUUAGAGCAGGGGUAUUUAUAGCUCUAGGAUUAAGUGGUGUUAUACCAGCUAUGCAUUAUGUGAUAACAGAUGGUUUCUUCCAUGCCAUAGAUGAUGCAGCUCUAGGCUGGUUGGUUUUAAUGGCGGUCUUAUACAUCACUGGAGCUCUUAUUUACGCUUUCCGCAUUCCUGAAAGAUUAUUCCCCGGAAAGUUUGAUAUUUGGUUCCAGAGUCACACAAUCUUCCACAUGUUUGUGAUAGCAGCAGCUUUUGUUCAUUACCAUGGCAUCUCAGAAAUAGCCAACUACAGACUUACAUUAGGCGAUUGUCUUGAAUCAGAGAUAGAAUAGAUAUAUAAUAGAUACCUAUAUUUAUUAUUAUCAAUUGUUAUUAUAUCAUAUUGUUAUCUUUUAAAUGCCUAAAAAAUCCACAAAAGUGAAAGUAAAUAAUCAUAUGAAUUGUAACUCUUACGUAUAACAGGGGGAUUUGCGGAGUGAAACAUUUGUUAUUUCAUUUUUUUUCGCUGAAUGGUCAUGACAUACAGUUUGUUUGUUACAGUUAGAGUUUUGAAAAUGGCAGCGAUGUCAUUUGAAUUACGGUCAAUUUAAUUUUGAAAUAUUUGCAUUUAUUCAAUUUUCAAAGACGCAGUAACAUAUUUUGAAUUGUUUUGUCUUUUUGAAUCCAUCCCCAAAUUUUGUUGAACUGUUUCAUUUUUUGUUCGAAUUAAUUUUGAAAAUAUCAUCAGUUGACCACUGUGUAGAAUAUGCAUCAUUAUUUUAAAAUUAAAUCAUUAUUUAUAUUUGUAUGUAUACUGUGUCAGAUUAAUUAAUGUUUUGGAGAAAAAAAGCACAAUCUUUAUUUUAUUUAAUAAGCGCUUACUUUUGAAUGUUUUGUGGCCUUCAAAAAGGUUAUUUGUUAACAACGGUUUACACACAAUAUGUUCUUGGUUAAGAAUUUAUCAUUUGUUGGACUGAUGAAUUAGUUUGUAAUACAAGGUUAAGAGUCAAACAUGAAAAUGUGAAAUCUGAGUAUUGUCACUUGCAACAGAUGACCCUGAAGCUAGCUUGGAACCGACGCUGGUUUCAUUCUCCUGGGUAAGGCUGUUUGUGAUCCAUAUCAACGUUUGACAAAGUUAAUUAUGUGUUUAGUACUUUUCCGUCAUUAUUGACCAGUGCAUGGUUUAUUGAGAGAAAAUUAUACCACACCAUGUACAUUAUAAGAGAACUUGAUUGAAAAUUUAAAAACAAAAAAAACCCAAAAAACUUGUCUUAUUAUCUGUUUUUAAAAUAUGACCAUAAUAGAUGAUUUGUCUGAAUGACUACACAUGUAUAUAAUCGUACAUUGUCCUGAGUUAUUUUGGUAGACAUUUUGUUGACCUAAAACAAGCAGGUGAGAAGUUGCCCUUGGUGUUUUUCCGUAUGUUUUUUGAUUACUUUAGAAAUGUUUGUGAAAUCAAUAUGCAGACAUUGGACGUGUGGUACACUAUGGAUUGUUUUAGCUUAGCAACUGCUAUUAAAUAUUUAGAUUUUGACUACACGUAAUUAUGCCAUGCUCUUUUUUCUUUUUCUUAAUUUAGUUAUUUGGAUAUUUUUUUUUGUCCUGGUUUUUUUUUAUGGUAGUUGAAUAGUAUAACAUAGCUGGAUUACUGAAUUGGUUUUUUUUUGCUUUUUUUAAUCAAAGAUAUGGAUUGGCUUCUUGAAUGUAUUUUUAUCACAUAGUAUUAUGUAAAAGGAGCAUGGAUUGGUUGAAAUUCUUAGAAAAAAAGUCUUGUCUGGGCUCUUCAUUGGUUUGAAGGUCAUUUUAAAGAGAGCAUAGUUAAUGAUAAGCUUUUCCCAUUCUUGUGUCCUUUGAUUAAAGCUGUUUAAUUGGUAAACUGUUAGCUAUAUGAAAGUCAUUUUGAUAGUUUUGAUGCCAUUAACAAGAGUAACAUAAAAUAAAUGAGACUUUUUUUUAAAGUCGAAGAGAGAAUCCACACACAUACAGAAAUAAUAGUCAAGUACGUACACAGACUAUUGGUGUUGAAAUGAUACAUACACAACAUAUGCAGAGGUCAGGGCCCUUAUUCACGAAAACUUAAACUAAGAUACAAUCAAAAUUUUAAGAAAUACUGCAAUUCGAUUGGCUGACCAGUAAAAUCAAUUUGCAUAUAUCCAAUUUGCAUAUUGGUCAGCCAAUCGAAUUGCAUUAUUUCUUAAAAUUUCGAUUGUAUUUUGGUUUAAGUUUUCGUGAAUAAGGGCCCAGAAUUAUAAAUAGUGCUUAAGUUUGUUUGUUUGUUCUUUUAAUGUUUCUUAGCAAUAAACAGAAGAUAUAUAUUGAUUUUGUAAAUAGUAAAUAGUGAUAUGUAAAUAAAGGGAAAAUAUCCUAAAAGUUCUAUAUAUAUAUAUCUGUAUAUGGUUGUGUUGAUAAAUUGUGUUCAUAUCAGGUCAGAUACGGCUUUAAACAAAAUCGUUGAAUGAUUUCAUUUUUGUUUUGAAGUUGUGAUGAGCAAAAUAUUACUUGAUGACUUAUGAUUUGAUAUGCUUGUGUACAUAAUUGGCAAUAAAAAAAAAAUUGAGUUUAGAAUUAGAUUUAAUUUACCAUAUAUACGUCAACUUGCCUUUUUUUUUUUUAUCUUUAACUGUUUGAAAGUAUUGUAUUGUAUUGUAGAAGUGAUACCCGAGGGUAAACUGGAAUUUCAGUUUAUUUGUUCUUGAUAAUUAUAACAAAACUUGAUAGAUAUGAUGUUAAUACAGUUACAGCAUGUAGAAAGUUGAUCUAGGAUCUUUCCUAUACGAUUACAUUAUUGAUUUAUCCAAUAUAGUUUAUCUUAAUUCGUCUUUUAAAUAGACCUUUGAGCAUACUGUGGUGAUUAUAUUCUUUGAAAUGUAAAACCAUUUGUCUAUUAGAAUUUUUUUUUUCUGUUUCCAAUGGUUAUUUGAGAUUCUAAACACAGUCUUUGAAGACAAAUAAGUUUGCUAUAAAUGACAAAAAGUGUUGGCUUUUGGCAUCAAAUGUUUCAAUUUUUAUAACACUUAUGCUAGGUGACGGUUUUCAAAACUAAAAUAACUUUGUAAUUUGAUUGUUAUCACGUUAUUUUUAGCUUUUAAUUAUAAUUCUUGCAAAACUAAGAUCUAGUGGUAAUGGUUUUAGUAGUACUUUAUUUUUAUGAAAAGAAAAAAAAUUGUUAUUACAGAUUUAUAAGAUUUUCCCUUCAUCAGGUUUAUAUAAAUUGUUGAAACAGACACAAGAUACGGUUUAAGAAUAUUGAAACCUAAGUUUUCUUAAAGAAAUCAAAGCAGAAAAGUGAAAAAUUGUUUAAUCUUGAUUUGUAUUAUCAGAGUAUAUGUUCCUAAACCACUUACUAAAUAUAUCAUGUUAAAUGCAUUAUGACAUCAUUAUCUCACAAAAGUUGUACUGUUUUAGUAGAAUAGUAUAGGAGCAAAACAGACAGUAUAUACUAUUUAAUUACAUAUAUAAAACAAAGUAAUAGUAGCUAUCACUGGGUAUACAAAGGAGAUGUUUUUAAAAACUUAAGUGUAGUUGCUGUCACAUUUCUUAAGCAUCUCGUUUAGCGUCUAUAAAUAUAUAAAUAAUUUUUACUUACAUUAACAUGUGAUAUAGAAUAAAAGUUUAAUAAAGAUAUAUACAUAUAUAUAUAUAUUUGUGUGUAGAAAGCAUUGUAUAAAGAUUUAUUAGUUUAAGGUAUUAAAAUGUCAAAUAUUUGCUGCUUGAAAAAAAUGCAAGAAAAAAUUAAAAUCAACCUAGGGUGUCUUACUUUAGAGAGUCAUUCGAUUUAUGUUUAGUGUAAAAAAUUAUUAUUAAAAAAUGUUAAUUUUUUUUAGAUCAUUUGUUCCAUGAGUAGAUUGGAGUCAGGUGUUUUUUUGCAGCGUAAUGUCUUGGUCUCAUCAAUGAUCCUACUUUUAAUGACUAAUGCUUGAAAGAAAAACAAGAAAAGUUCAAAUCAAUCUAGGGCAUCUUUAUUUUUAUUUUAGAGAGUCAUUUGAUUUAUGCUUGGUGCAACAUGUAAAAAAAAAAUAUUAAAAAAGAUUUUUUUUUUUUUUUUAAUCAUUUAUUCGAUAUGAGUUGAUUGGAGUCAGGUGUUUUUUGCAGCUUAAUGUCUUGGUCUCAUCAAUGAUCCUACUUUUAAUGACUUCAAUACUCACAAUAUUAUACCAUUCCUAUGUCCCUCAUUAUAUAUAUAUCCCUUCAUGAAGUUUGUAUAGAUAUAUUCAUAAUAUGUAUAAGCAAGAUUCAGUAAAUGAAUUUCUAUAUAGAUUCAUUUGAUUUGAAAUACACUGUAUAGUAUAAGUACAUUUUGAAUAUAUUAGAGCUGGAGUAGAUAUGUGUGUAUAUUUAUUUUAUCCCAUUGUCUAAUCUCCUGGUCUUGUCUCUUUUAUCCAGAUGGCCUGAUUAAUCAGAAGUACCUAAUAUUAAUCACUAUUCUCAUGGAUCCGUAUAAUUGAUAUACGCCAAUCAAUGACUAAAGCAUUUAUGGUUAUUGGUUAUUGACUGGACAGGCGCGAGGAGGGGGGAAAUUUCACAUAGAACUUCAUAACCACACAUAUCUUUAAACCAACUUAUUGGCUCUUAUUCAUGAGUGUAAUUGAUCGCUUGAUGUAAAGUUGUCUGCUAAAUAUAACUUGACAAAGAAGAAGUUGUAUGUGACAAAUAUAAUAAAAUUGUAAGGGAGCUAAUUAAUCCUGACUGUUUAUGUUAGGGUAUUAUGCACAUAGUAUUAACUGUAAAUAUUUUAAAUGUUUUGUCACUUGAUGCCAAGUGUAUCACAAAUUGUUGAAUGAAUUAAUUUGAUUUUUCAGCUCCCUCACUUCAUUAAACCACAGAUAUUUUGAUAAAAACUCUUUAGUUAUGGAUUCAAAUGUGAAAAAAAAAGCUUUGGUGUACAUUUUUACUUAGUUCUUAUUGCCUUCAUGGGAGUAAUUAACUUUAGAAGUAGUUUAUCGACAGGUAUUAGGAGAAUUAUCAUACAAAAAAUUGACAAUUAUGAUUGGCAUGGCUAGAAAAAAAUUAAUCUUAAAUUGAUGAAAAAUCUGACUUGUAUAUCUUAAAUACCAUCCUGAAUACAGUUCAGAUCCUAAAUUUAUAACAAACCACAUUUUAUUUGACCUUAGAAAUUAACACAACAAGGGUUGGACCGAAGUAUUUUGAUUUGUAUGGCCUGAAGACUGAUGUUGAUAAUACAUAUGUAUAAAUGUUGAACUUGAAUUUUAAAAAAAAAAAGUUAUUAUUAUUAUUAUAUGGUAAAACAGAAUAAGUUCUAAUUUAACAAUAAAUUAUGUAAAAUUCCAAGUGUCUUUAUGUUUUAUUUAAAUAAAAGAAAUAUGCUAUA